UAAAAUGGCGUCAUCGAAGGAAACCUAUUGUUUGUGUGGUCAGCCGUAUAACAUUGGACAGUUUAUGAUAGAAUGUGAUUGUUGCCGCGAGUGGUUUCAUGGAAGUUGUGUGGACGUAAAGAUAUAUCAUUCGGACGAUAUAGACAAGUAUCAUUGUCCAAAAUGCGCCCAGACAUAUGGACCCUCUGUGUUAAAGAUCCCAACAAACAACCACAGAGCGGACCGAUAUGAGUUGGGUGCGGAGACCCGACCUUCGCAGGUUGGGUCUCCGGCAUGGGUGCGGGCACUGGCCGCAAGGCCUCUCCGCCCCGCACCUGCCGCACUGCAGCGCAUGAGGGGACACCAGUUCACAGAGGAAUUCAUCAAAGAUAAUGGUUUCACACGGCCAGUGAUAUUCCAUACACCUGAGGGUUUGGAUAUCAAAGUGCCCAACCCCGCAACAUUCACAGUAAGAUCGGUGCUCAGGUUUUGUGGUGCACAAUUAGAGGUGGAGGUAAUUGAUGUUAGAAAACAAAGUACAAUGCGCAUGCCCCUGGGAGACUUUGUGGAUUACUUUGAAAGUCCCCCCGAACAUCGGGAUGAGAAAGUACUCAAUGUUCUCAGUUUAGAGUUUUCCGAAACCAAUAUGGCUCCCUUAGUGGAACCACCUUCUAUAGCUCGCACGUUAGACUGGGCGGAGCGAGUCUGGCCUACAUCUGAUCGGCCACCGAAGCCCUGCGUGCAGAAGUACUGUCUCAUGUCCGCUGCGGGCUCCUAUACAGAUUUCCACAUUGAUUUUGGUGGUACCAGCGUCUGGUAUCAUGUGCUUCAUGGACGUAAGAUAUUCUAUUUGAUACCUCCGACGUCAACAAACCUGGCUCUGUACCAACAAUGGACACCAAACAAUCAGCAAAAUGAGAGAUUCUUUGGUGAUGCAGUAGAAUGGUACGGUACAGCAGAAGUUUGUCCCGGAGAGACACUCUUCAUCCCGGCUGGUUGGAUACAUGCUGUGCUCACUCCUUGUGACUCUCUGGUCUUCGGAGGGAACUUCCUACAUUCUUAUGCUGUGGAGAUGCAGCUGCAAUCGUACGAGCUGGAGAGACGUGCGGAGACUCCAACCACAUUGCGGUAUCCACUCUUUGAGACCAUGCACUGGUACGCUGCUGCACACUUCCUGACGCUGCUCAGACGACAUAACGAGGAGUCACUGGACGAGGAGUUCACUCCAAGUGAGCUGGGGUUCUCCGCAGGCUCAGGGCCGGGUGCUCCGCCCCCAGCACUGCUGUUGCGAGGCGCACGAAUACUCGCCGCAGCUCUCAAAGAAUGGCAUACCUUGAAAGCGACGGAUGCUGCAAAACGGGAUAAUGUACCUAAGUGCCUCAACUCUGGACAACUUGUUCGAGAACUUUCUAAAGAACUCAGAACUUUAGAGAAGAGGACAAUGAACGCCAACAAAGAUAAGGAUUUUAAACCUAAAAGUAAUUCACCAAAUAAAAAUGCAAAAAAACAACAAACACAGAAGAAAUCUCUAAAAUUAACGUUACCUAAACCAAUAAUGCAUAUGGGACAGAAUGGAGAAUACACAGAUGAAAAAGUUUACGCAGAUAAAUUUUAUGUAGAUAAUAAAGAAGUAGUGUUUGAAGAGAGAUUUGUAACAGAUGUAAAAUAUAAUAGUUUACCUGAAGCUAAAUAUAUAAUAGAAAAUAAGGAAAUACCAGAGAAAUACACUUAUCAGAAUUAUGAAGAACAUAGUUAUCAAGAUGGCAAUGGAUAUGUGGAGAGGAUAGAUAAGAAAAUUUUAAAAGUUAAAAUAAGUAAUUCCCCUUCAUCAUCACGUGAGGAGGCUCCCCCUCCGUACACUCUGCCGGAGCACUCCAUCCUCAAAUCUCACCUAAUCCGAUCAGACCGUACCACUCUGAAGCCACUCCAGCAAUGGACUAUAUCGAAGAAGGAUAUAGGUGAUUAUCAUGAAGAACAACUGCUGUUCACUAAUGAAAAUCUACAGACUAACAUCAGGAUUGAGGGACAGGAUUUAAAUUAUGGCCCAGGUAUGUACUCUGCGGAAGACAUCCAGCAAGACUACCAAUACUCUGAGGGGGCGAAGCCCGGUUCCUAUCAGCCGGAAUUCGCGUACCAGGCGGAGUUGCCUUACGCCACAGAGUAUCAUCGGUACGACGAGACUGUUGCCGUACCAGUACACCAAACAACCACAUACACAGCGGUGCCGGCGGAGCAGAUUGCGUACCAGAGCCAGGUGCACCACACCACCACACCUCUACCCUCGUACGACGCCGCCAUCGCGCACCAAUACGCCGCCAAUACUUAUGUGACAGAAACCCCCAAAGCCGAGAUCAGCUCAGUACCAGCUGGGACCCCCAGUGUGCGGAGGUCUGAGCGCGCGGUGCGCCGGCGCGUCUCCAGCACUUACGACUACGAGGACGGUGACCUCUUCAUUGACGACACUCCCGCCCCCCGGCGACGUAAGCCGCCCCCCAAGCACCGACCCCCUACACAACAUACUGUACCAGUUAGCAAUAGCGGCGGGUAUCGUGGGUCUCGGCCGGUGCCUACAAAUGGUAUCGAAUCUCUCAUACAAGCAUCAGUGUUGGCUGAGGAGCCUGGCAACACCACCGAGGAUGCAGCAGUGGCGGGCAUGCUGAGUAUAAGUGAGCGGUAUGCUGCGCCAGCGCGUACCUUCGGCCUGGCCAGCGACACCCCGCACACAGGCGCGCCCGCAGACACCGCCAGCAGGCUCGACAGUGGCACACCUACUGGCAGCAAGCGCUUGCGCAAGCCGACACCUGCCAGCGCUGACGAGGACUUUGUUGACGAGGAGGACGUCAUCAAGGAGGUGCACCGGGAUGAGGAGUAUGUGUAUCCAUCGUUAGAGAUGAGCUCUGAUGAGGAUGAGGAGUGGACUUCAUCACGUCGCCGCAGACAUUCAAGGAACAGAAAUGACAGCAAGACAAGGACUGACAAAGAUGAGGCGUGGUCACCACGUGCUCGUGUAGGUCGUGUGACACCACGCACACGUGGUCCUGCACGACCUGCUGUACGUCGUGAGUGUGUACGUGCAGCAUUGCUCGCUGCAGCGCACAGACACCCCCACCCACACCCCCACCCCCACUCACAUGCGCACUCGCACACACCACUACAGAAUGCAAAACGCGCUGUGUUGGCGUCUAAGAGCAAACGACCACCGCCGAGUGCUGGAGUACAGCCUCCAGCUAACAAGAAGUGUGCAGAUAUAAGACUGAAAAAAGGUAUGAAAACGGCCAAACAACGUCUCGGCAAGAUCCUGAAAUUACACAAAAUGAUAUAUUAAAGUAGUGGUAACAUAGUUUAACAUAGUAUUUGUGUCUAGCUGAACACACGGACCUUAGAAUUUAUAUUUUAUAUAUGUAUUUAUCACAAGGACCAAUGUGUGCUGUGGUACUGUCGAAUCUUCGCUUCUAUUUCACUUUAAAAAACUUUCUCACAUAUAAAAUUGAACAAAUUAUAUAGAUUUUUGUGUGGAAAUUAAUGGAAAUGACCCUUAAAUAUUAUUCCAUUGGAAUUAA